CACUGCUCUGAGAGGAAGCAACCUUUUGGUGUGAGAAGGGAGAGAGGUUUCCAAGACAUAUGCAGCAGAAAAGCUGAAUAUCACAUAUUCUUUCAGAAAGAGCCAUCUUCCUCUUCAAUGAAAGUUCCCUGGAUUUGAUGAUCACUGGUUUGGAAAUAGCACAUCCAGCUGUCCCCAUGAUUUCUCCUCUGCUCACACGCCAUGCCUCCAGAAUGCCCAAAGGAUCAAUGUUCAAAGGCAAUGGGCACUAGAAGAAACUUCCGUUGUUUAUCAUGAUGCUGCUGAAGUCUUCUGGGGUUGACAGAUGCUACUCCAGAAGGUUAAUAAGAUGAAGAAAGCUCUUCCAGCUGGACCGUAAGAGGGAUUAUGUCUGAGCAGCAGAUAAACAGAUUAUUCCAGAAACAGACACUGCUUUUUUUUAAAACUUCGUCACUCUUGUCUUACCACUCCAUUCCCCCAGGCUAGAAGUGUGUGCGUUGGAGGGGUUUGUCCAGCUUUUGCAUUCUCGCACCUGUUGCAGUCUUUGCCUAGUUGCAAUUCAAUGCAGCCCAAAGCUGGAGACACCUGAAAAAUAAGAGGGAAGACCUCGGGGAUUUUAGUUCUUUAAGAAAACAAAAUUCUUCUUGCUUGACAUAAAUAUUCUUGUUUCCUGCAUGAUUGUUCUUCAAAACUGUGAAUGAUCAAUAGACAGCAUGCAUUUGAAAACUGGAUUAAUAUUUUUUAUCAUUUGCCUUUCUCUCCAAGUUCAGGGAAGCAGAGAAAUCCCUAAUAAAAUAAACCGUGGUGAAGCCAAACAUCUUGCAGAUGCCUCAGGGUCAGACAAAACAGAAAGAACAACAAAGAGGUCCCGAGUAUCAACCAUAAGGCGAAUAUUUGACAUGGCAAAACAUCGAACAAAGAGGUCACCCUUUUUCUCAACUGGUGUGAAAGUGUGCCCACAAGAAUCAGUGAAGCAGAUUUUAGCCAGUCACCAAGCUUACUACAGACUAAGAGUCUGCCAGGAAGUUGUGUGGGAAGCCUUUCGUAUUUUUCUGGAUCGGAUUCCUGAUACUUCUGAAUAUCAGAACUGGGUUACUGCCUGCCAGAGGGAAACCUUCUGCAUAUUCGACAUCGGCAAAAACUUCAGCAAUUCCCAAGAGCACCUGGAAAUAAUCCAACGGCGAGUAAAACAUAGAACCUUCCAGGAAAGGAAAGAUGAAAUAUCCACAGAGAAAACAGGUGGCAAAAAGGUGGAAGACGUUCCUUCCAUUUCUACAGGCUCCCCUGGCACAUCCCUCUCUCCAUAUGCACCAGCACCUAAUGGAACACUGCUCAACGAAAUUGUUAAUGACACGAAGACUCCCGUGAAGGAGCUGGGAACAAACACAGUCCCAGAACUGCCUGUGGAGCAAAUGGUAGAAUUCAGCGUCACUCUCACUGACCAGGAGUAUACAGCUGAACUUAGUGAUCCUGACUCCCCACAGUACCGACAACUAGCUGCCAAAUUUCAGCUACAGAUGCAAAAGAUAUUUGAGAAACUUCCAGGAUUCAAAGAAAUCCACGUAUUAGGAUUUAAACAGAAGAAGGAGAAAGAUGGAUCAAGCAGCACUAUAGCACGAUACGUGGUAAACUUCGAGAGGGAUGCCUCAGAAAUCAAAAGCACAGCGGAUGACAUCUCAACUAUUGGAUCUAACAAGGUUGAAAAUGAAAAACUUCCACUCUCUCCAAAGGAAGAGCAGGAGAUAUCAGCAACUAAGCUCACAGUAACAGACCUUCAGCAGCUCGUUGCCAUAGCACUCCACGAAGACCAAUCCCUGCCAAUGGACCUGGGAACACUCCAGUUUACUGACGAAACCAUUAUACCACCCAGUGAUUUUGACAAUGAUAUCCAGGGCAUGGUUACUAUUCCUCUGGCAGGCCCUGAUUUGGAGGACUCCAUGAGUGUGGAACUCCCGCUGGGUUACCCCAGCCCAGCGACAGUGGACCAAACAGGAGACAUCUCUGUCAAUGAAUUUACAACUGGAAUCCCUAUGCUAAGUGGAGAGAUCAGUGCCCCUGAAGACUUUAACAAUUUUGUUUCAUCUGAACCUGUGUUCCCUACCAAAUCCUUCAGAGAACCAUUUCAGGACAAAUAUCCUCCAGACACAGAAGGUAUUGCUACUGACUACCAAAGUUUCACAGUGCCUUUCAGUGCUCUGGGUAGCACUAGCAGUCCUCCAAAACCAGAGGAUUCCUAUUUGCCUCCUCCAGCAGAUGAUUCUGCCAGCAAUGAAUUAAUCACCGACGGCUACAAGGCUCCAACAGAGCAGCCUACCACCCUGGCGGUUUAUACCACACAUAGCUUUACCCCACCUAAUCUUCUGCAAGCCAGAGAUGAGAAUAAUGAAGCUGAGGAGAAGAAAGAACUGACUGAUGUAACAGUGCCACCCUUCAAGGUAGCUGACCAAGAUAGUCUGUCUGGACAAGCAGUCAAGAUCGUGGAUGAACCAGAAUCAUCAGGCAAUGACAUUUUAGUUACAGCCAGCACUUACGAAAUGUUGCCUUUCUUUAUUGGUUCAAGUGAUCGCUCUACCACGCAGCCUGAAGAUGUUAUUACAGGCAUGCUACCAUUAGACCAAACAGCACCACAGCCCACAGCAACCAGCCCAUCCUACAGCCAGUCUCAGAUCAUUGAACAGUCCCUUGAAGUAUCAGAUCCCUCAUUGCCCGCAUCAGAGAUUGUUCCUCCUGAUGACACUGGGACAGGAGUGCAGGAUAUCGCCACUGAGUUGGAUCAUGUCAGUGUGAUGAGCACAGCAGCCCUAGAUGAAGUGGAGCACGGCAGUGGUUACAUCUCAGUACUGACAACUGAGCCUGCAAAAGCCACCCCAGCUCCUACGCUGAAGUAUGUAACUACCAGCUCCAUGACAACUGCAGCCAAAGGCAAAGAACUAGUGGUUUUCUUCAGCCUGAGGGUCACCAACAUGCACUUUUCCGAUGACCUCUUCAAUAGGAGUUCGACAGAAUACAAAGCACUAGAACAACAGUUCAUGCAAUUGCUACUUCCAUACCUCCAGUCCAACCUUACAGGUUUUAAGCAGCUGGAAAUACUGAACUUCAGGAAUGGAAGUGUGAUCGUGAAUAGCAAAAUGAAAUUCGCCAGGACAGUGCCAUACAAUAUCACAGAAGCAGUACAUUGCGUUUUGGAAGAUUUCUGUGAUGCUGCAGCCCAGCUCCUCAAUUUGGAGAUUGACAGCUAUUCCCUGGAUAUUGAGCCAGCUGAUCAGGCAGACCCCUGCAAAUUCAUGGCAUGUGACGAGUUCUCUGAAUGCAUAAUGAACGAGUGGACAAAAGAGGCUGACUGCCUUUGUAAACCCGGCUACGUGAGCCAAGACGGGUUACCCUGCCGGAGCCUGUGCGAGCUGGAGCCUCAACUCUGCGUCAAUGGCGGGAAAUGUGAGUUGGUUCCAGGAAGAGGAGCUGUCUGCAGAAGUCCUACUCUCAACAGCUGCAAUUCAGAAAGUGCUGUAAGGAUUAAUCCUGCUUUUGAACAUGAUGAACCCAUAACUAGCUUUUGUCGUACGGCUUAUAGUGUAAGUGCUCAUGUCAGUUCCUCAGAGACCACUGAUCCUGAAGCACUACACGAACUUGAAAACACAAUUCAGCGUGGAGGUAAAAUGCAUGGAAAUACUUUUCUUACCCCUCAACAAACAGCCCCCACCUCAAAUAACAGGUCCAUCUUCAUGUAUUAACCCUACAACUAAAACAAAUUUGAUUCUAACCUCUUGCUUGGCAAUUUCAGAACUAAAAGCACUAAUUCAUUUAUUUGCUUUCCACAUUUACUGCUGUUCAGGUUUCAUAACAGGAUCGUAGAACUGCUUUUCUUACAGCUCUCUUGCAUGGCUUUGUUGGUUCAUCCUAUCUGAGCGCUUUUUGUGAUUUAUUGAAAUAACUAAUCUAGUGGCUUUUUUGGUUUUCAUUUUGUUCAUUUUGUUUUUAAACGGUUGUAGGUCACCAGACCAGUUUACAAAGCCAAGACUGACGAUCUAGUCUCCAAAUUUCUUCAUUUCCGGCUUCAGCCAGACAAAAACAAGGUACUCAAAAAAGAAGGUCUGCAUUAUUCAAGACUGGACUUCAGGUUGAUUAUGCAUAUGAAAAAAAAGUCAAGAAUUCCUAAAGAUACACUACUUUAGCUCUAAAAUCAGUACACAUUAAUCUAAUUGUUUUAUUAACAAAAGCAAUAUGGCCAAGUUGACCAACUAUUUGACCAUGUCUAAAAUUUGCCUAGUAAGAAGUCACCAGUGUUAAGAUACAUGUAUUGAGUAUCCAGUGUUUACACAUCUUAACUGUAUUUUUGUUUAAGAGCUGAGUGGUAGAAACAGAUUUUGCCGAGAAGUGGCUUUUUUCAAUACUGUACAUCACAACCAUUACUGCAUUUCCAUACCCUUUUGUCAACUUCCCUUACGUACACUAAUGUAAGUGGCAAGCAUGGAAAUAAGAGCUCUCAUGGACCAAAGGCCACACUAAAAGCAUCUGGGAACUUUUUCAUUCUCUCCCUACAAAGCUCACAUUGCAAAUCAAACAGAAGUUCAGAUUAAUUUUUGUAAUGGUUUCUAUAUCAGAUUCCUGUUUUUCUGUUAAUACACACAUGAUGUAUACAUAUGUACAUACACAUUUCACUGCUUGAUUUCUAGUGACAGUUAAACUGCCAGGUUAUGCUAAGACUUCAACCUUUUUCACUGAGGCACAGUACCUGCAGUUUCAUCUUUUCAGAAUGUGAGAUUUAUACUCCCAAGCACCCUCCCAGUAGCAAGUAGAUUACGGAGUCGCACGUAAGUACAUACACUUUAAAGUCAGUAUACACACAUAUAAUUUUGAGAUCUUACUAUUAGUUUUUGUAGAAGAAACAUAAGCAGACAACAGGUGGCCAUUAAGUAUUUUAGAGGCUUAGUAAUUUGUGCUCUAUGGAUCCACAAUCAUGAUUCAUGUAUGAGCAUUACUUUACCUUGAAUAUAUUUUUCUUGAGAGUAUAUAUAUAUAUACACAUAUAUAUAUGCUGCACCAGUGUUGUAUAAUAUUCAGGCACUGUUUGCUGCUUGGUGCAUACCAGACAUUGUACUUACAGCUCAAACUGAGCUUCUGCAAAGUUCAUGACUCUACUGGACGCCAGCUCCUCAUUCAGGUCUGAAACUUUCACAUAUUCAGCAUAGUACCUGACUUUAGGGACAAUUCCUUUCACUUCGCAUGACACAGCUACCACAGCAAACUUUAGUUUACCUUAUUAUGUACGCUCAAAAGAACUGUUUACGAAUUCCAAACAAUUAACUGUACAAAUUUGCCUGCAAAACCACCAAAACUGGUGAUCGUGUACAAAUGAAGGCAAUGCACCAAGAAUACAAUGUUGAGCUUCUAAAGGUGAAAUCGGAUUUUUACUUCCUUUAACUAGAAGACAAAAAAACCCAAGGAAACCUAAGAUGUGGUUUUACACAAUGACACUUCAGAAUAAAGCUCUACUUUAAAAAUACUUCUUGCAGGGCACUGGAUGCCAUCCCUGCUAACAAAUAUUAGCUUUUCACUACUGCUUAUGUAAGUUAAGAAUGCAUUAAGAAUGCUGAAAGCAUUCCAUUUUUUUCCAUUACAAAUGUAUUUUUGUAUGUGUUUAGUAUAUUUCAAUUCAUACUAGUUAUUGCUAGUCAGAUUUAAAAAAAUAAGUAAUUUUAAAAUGUGUAUUUUAAUAAUGAUUAUUCAUGACUGUAUUUAUCACUCUCAACUAUUAAUUACCAAAUAUAUUUGCUGGAUGUAAGCCUUUUGUAUUUCAAUAAAAUAUAAUAAAACUACUUGAAAAAUUUCA